AUGUCCAAAUCCAUCGUCAACACCGUCCCUUACCCAUUCAAGUUCGACGAGCAUGACGUUACAAAGCCAGGAAAGCAGGGACAGGCGCAGGACGUCACCAUCACAUUGAAGAAUGUCCGCGGCAAGAUCCCAUCUAUCCAGGCCUCACGUCUCCGCACCAUGAUGCUCGACGCCCACAACGACCCGUCAAAGAUCCUGGCCCACUGCUGCUCGUACGACGGGCUCUCUUCGAGGCUGUGCGAAGAAGCAGGAUUCCCAAUGACCUUCCUCGCCGGAUACGCCGUGGCCAGCUCGUACGGGCUUCCGGAUACCGGCUACAUUGCGCUGCAGGAAGUAUGCAACAAGAUCCAGGAGACGGUGCGCCAGGUCUCGGUUCCAAUCAUGGCUGAUGGUGAUACCGGCUAUGGAAGUCCGUGCAACGUCAAGAGGACCGUCGAGUCGUUCGCCCUAGCAGGGGCGGCUGGAGUCAUGAUCGAAGACCAGACUUGGCCGAAACGGUGUGGCCACACGAAAGGGAAGUCAGUUGUGUCCAGGGGCGAAGCAUACGCUCGGAUCCAGGCUGCUUGCGAUGCGAGGGAUGAGGGCAGGGACAUCUUCAUUCUUGCCAGGACGGACGCUUUGAUCCAUGGAUGGGAGGAAGCUAUGGCGCGUGCGAAGGAGUUCAAGCGAAUUGGCGUUGACGCUGUCUUCGUCGAAGCGUUGCCCGACCGUGAAUCGAUGAAGAAGUGCGUAGAGGAAGUUGGCAUUCCUACCUUUGCCAACAUCAUCGAGGGUGGUAAGACGGAGAACCUCUCGGCAAAGGAUCUGGCCGAGUUGGGAUUCUGCGCGGUGGCCUAUCCAUGGACGCUUGUUGCAGCGAAGCUCAAGAGCAUCCGCGAAACGCUCGAGGCGCUGAAGAAGUCAAUGACGGAAGGCGCGCCUCCGAUGAUUCUUUCAUACUCGGAAGUUUGUGAGGGAGUUGGUUUCAACAAGUACUGGGACCUCGAGGAAAGAUACAAGUACGAUGAGACUCGUCAAAAUGGUCUCUGA